AGAGCGAUGAGGUGGCUUUGCAGGCGUACUUAAGGUAAGUCAAACAGGUUGUUUCAUGUUGCCGAUUGUCUUCACUGCCUGUUCGACUCUCUCUGUCUGUGCCUUCGAUCGAGUAUCCGCCACUGCACCGCACGAGGCUAUGGCAUCCGGUCGCAGUGCUCUCGCACUGCUCUGCGUCUGCAGUUCCCUCUGCUUCUUGUUCCUUGCCGGUGUCAACGCCGCUGACGUCGUGACUGAACAGACUCCGAAAACGGACCUUGCAGCAUCGUCGAAGGAAUAUUACUUUCGAGGUAACCCUACCAUGGUUGCCACGGAAACAACCACUGAGGUCUCAGAGAGCGAACCCUCAAUCAAGGACGUAGAAUCUAUUGAACGUCGUGAGUUGGAAUUUCAUAUAAUGAUGGAUUACACUCCAUCUGCGAACUGCAAAAAGAACUGCAUUCCUUAGAGGCUAUCUCAGCUGUAUCUGUUUCGUGACUCGUUGACUAGUGUUCAGAGUAAACCAGCCGUAGGUUCUCUCGCACCCCCACGUUGUGCGAAGUAGAACUUAGAGGGGAACUUUUCAGAUAGGGUAUUUCUUAGCGCAGAACCUUGAUGUGCAAGUCGCUUCAGGAUGUCAUGCUGUCAUAUCUGAAGAAAAGUGGCCAAUUGCAGCGUGAACCUCGUUUUGUACAUAAUAUCAUGACAUCUCAUUCGUUAAUGCUA